UGCUCAAGAUUCUUUCCCCAUGCUGUCGCUAUGACGGGGCCCAACCUCCACCUGGACAACACUAUCGGCUGUUUCUUCGUCGGUCUGGUCCUUGCUGUGGUUGUACGGGUGUUCAUGUGCGCAGGUCUUGUAUUACCUUUCGCAAUAUCCGGAGGAUCGGAUCAAUAUGAGGCUCUUCGUUUGUUUGCUAUGGGCACUCGAUACUGCUACUACAGCUACGCAUGUUGAGACAAUAUGGGACUUCCUGCUUCGAGGACACGGAAAUCCGCUAGCACUUACCGUAAUGCCAAUUGCUGGACCUAUCGAGUGGUUCCUUGCAGCGACCAUUGUUGUCAUCGUGCAGCUGUACUACAUUUAUACUAUAUGGAAGUUGGGCGGGGAGCGGUCCUUCAAGAUGCCCCUUGCAGUCGUUGCGACUCUGUUAUCAUUGUUAUCAUACGCCUUUGGCAUUCAGGUAGUUCAUCUGAUCGUUGACCAUCCCGCGCUCCCCGGGGCCUUCAUGAACUCGAAAGCAAAGAUCGCGUCUUUCGUACAGCCACUACUCGCUGCCAUUGCCGACAUCUACAUUACUGUUGCGUUGUCACUGCUCCUGCGGCGGGAGAGGAGUGAGUUCAGACGCACGUCUUCGCUCCUCCGAAAGUUGACCAUCUACAUCAUCAACCGGGGUGUCCUUACUGCAGUCAUGCAGAGCCUUCAAGCCAUCCUGUUCGCUUCCUACCGUUCAAACGGCUUCUAUUGGUCUUUGUUCGCCUUUCCAGGAACAAGAGUGUAUAUCGUUUCCACGCUUGCUGUAUUGAAUGCCCGGAAUCCGAAUCGACAGGGCAUGGGCUUCUUUCCUUCAUCAGGAGAACAUACGAACGACAUACAGCUGGAUGAUGUACAGACGCAGAGAUCAACGCGGAUGUAUUCUAGGCAAGCUCUUGACUUGACUUGUUCGUUGUAGUCUCAUGAGCCUAUCGUCGUUCCCCCAGAUAUAUGCAUCAAGAACAGCCUACGACGCCUCUGUCCGCUGCUCAGGAUAAAUUCAUCAUGCUCACAACGGAAGUCGUACACCAUGUAGAUUAAGACACAGGUGGCUAUCCGAGGUCAGGUCCUCCAGUCUUGUAUUCCGUAGCACACUCAAGAUAUACCAUUAAGUAUAUGCCAUAGAACAAUAGACUCCAGCCGCUCAUUACCUUCCUUGA